AUGCAUUCUACCUCUGCUGAAUACACCGCUCUGCAACGUCCCAGACUAGACUACCGCGACAUCUCGGAAAAUGUUGUUUACAAGUCUCACAACGCUUUCAAUCGCAAAGCCCCCCUUCCUGUCGGCGCGGUACAAACCGUCGCACGAUUGUACGAAGAACAGAAGGCUCUGAACAGAGACCUGAACGCGCGAAGACACGAACGCACCGCUGUCGGUGAGCGCAUACGUACGUCGUCGAAGGACCCCCAAAGGAAACAGGCGGCGUUGGAUGAAGCCAAGAGCCUCAAAGCCGAGAUCACGGGGCUCGAAGAACGCAUCGGACGUAUGGAGGAGGAACUGUACUCUCUCGCCCUAGCCAUCCCCAAUGACACUCAUCCCGACGUCCCCGUUGGUCCCGAAUCGGUCGCGGUGACCAUCUCAACACACGGUCCUGAACCUCUUCCGGCGUCUCCAACACGAGACCACGUUUCCAUUUGCCGUGCUCUCGACCUCAUCGACCUGGAAGCUGGUGCGUCCGUAACCGGCUCAUCAUGGUACUACCUCAAGAACGAAGGGGCCCUGCUCGAGCUUGCCCUCGUCAACUACGCGCUCAGCGUUGCGAUGCAGCACGGCUACACCCCUGUGACAACCCCCGACGUUGUACGCACCGACUUCGCGCGGCGCUGCGGUUUCCAACCCCGCGAUCCAGUUGAAGGGGGCUCGACACAAAUGUACCAUCUUGCGAACAACGCGGAUCCUGCGGAAGAUGCUCAACACAACCAUCCGGAGUUGGUGCUGACAGGGACGGCGGAGAUCCCGCUUGCAGGGAUGUUCGCGAACAGGAUACUUGGGCUGGGACACGCGUUCCGGGCGGAAGCUGGCGCGCGAGGGGUGGACACGCGAGGACUCUAUCGGGUGCACCAGUUCACGAAGCUGGAGCUUUUUGCGGUGACGGACCAGGAGACGAGCGGAGAGGCGAUGGAGGCGAUGCGCAAGCUGCAGGCGGAGAUCUUUGAGGGUUUGGGAUUGUCGUUCAGAGUUCUGGAGAUGCCAACGGAAGAGCUGGGCGCGAGUGCGUAUCGCAAAUAUGACGCAGAAGCUUGGAUGCCCGGCCGAGGAGGAUGGGGAGAAAUCUCUUCAACCUCAAACUGCACGGAUUUCCAGGCCCGCCGACUGCACAUUCGUUACCGUCGCUUAACGCCCUCCGGAGACAAGCCUUCAGCAGAGGAGUCGGGGCGCUUGCCGUUUGCGCACACUCUCAACGGGACUGCGGCAGCAGUGCCUCGCUUGAUUGUCGCGCUCAUCGAGAACGGCGGAGUCUUGGACGAGUCUGGUGCUGUCGUAGGCAUGCGUCUUCCAAGGACACUAGAACCGUUCUGGGUCGGGGGCAAUCCUCGAGGCCUUAUCACAUGGGUAUAA